CUAGGUUCCGCCCACAGAACCCAAUCAGCGGAACUCGGAAAAAGAUCUCCGCUUUGCCCUGCCUGCCUGCGCCGGACGGAGCCACCCCACCCACCCAAGCGACCGGAGCGGCGAGCGGCGAGCGGCGGAGGAAGGGAGAGAUGGCGGCGACGGGGGAGGAGACGGUGCGGGCGUCGCACAUCCUGAUCAAGCACGAGGGGUCCCGGCGCAAGGCGUCCUGGAAGGACCCCGAGGGCCGGGUCAUCUCCGCCACCACGCGCGCCGACGCCGCCGCGCGCCUCGGCGACCUCCGCGCCCAGAUCCUCGCCGGCCGCGCCUCCUUCGCCGACCUCGCCGCGCAGCACUCCGACUGCUCCUCCGCCCGCCGCGGCGGCGACCUAGGCACCUUUGGGAGGAGGCAGAUGCAGAAGCCCUUCGAGGACGCCACGUAUGCUCUCAAGGUGGGGGAGAUCAGCGACAUCAUCGACACCGAGAGCGGGGUUCACAUCAUCCUGCGUACCGCAUAAGGAGAAAGAAGAAGCCCACGCCGUCACCGUCACAGCACCCUCUGAUGUUAUCUAGCCCUUUUCCUUCUUCCAGGGCCUGCGGCUCUUCUCAUUCUGGCAGCCCCAAACUUGAAUGAAGAAAAAUGUCUUGUAUCGUCUCACCAUUUUGCUACGGCCAUUAGAGCUGGUUGAUACCAUCAUCACAGGUCAAUGUUUGAGCUUAUGAUGUCUUGAUCGGGAAA